AUACUCCGGAUAUUUUUACCUUAGUAUCAGUGCUAUUUUUCUCAUCAGUCGAGUAGUACCUGUCCAGUGCGGACGCAAAAGCUGGGAAAUAAUCGGCACCUGAAAAAGUUAAUGAAAAUGGAGACUGCAAUAUCACGUUCUGUUCAGGAGGACGAGUUGCGACUGAAAGGUGUAGGCGAUUUCUGUAUUGAAGAUGAUGAGCCUAAAUCAAAUAUAUUCCGGAUAAGUGGAAAAGAUUCAGAUUCCAAAGAUACUGUAAAGUGUUCAGAUGAAGUGCGUGGACAGACCUCAUUAGUGCAGACACCUUACCUUACCUCGCAAAAGGGGACAGCACUCGACAUAAGCUUCCGAGAGUCCUUUGAGGGUAUCCCUCUCAUCACUGCCAUUCUUACAAAUUUAGGAUUUUACAUUCUUCUGCUCCUGGGAUACAUAAAUCAACUACUCUUCACACCAAAAGUUGCAAAGGAGAAGCACCGAGAUGGCUACCCUCCACUAUACGACGCCUUCGAACGUUUCUACUUACGCUACGUCUACCGACGACUCAAGGAUCUUACAAAUCGUCCUAUUUGCAGUGUUCCCGGUGCAAACGUGACACUAUUAGAUCGAGUUACACACGAUCAUGGCUGGACAUUUGAGUUCACGGGAACCAAAACGGAGUGCCUCAACUUGGGAUCAUAUAAUUAUUUAGGAUUCGCAAGUGGUGAGGGUCCUUGUGCGGAAGAUGCGGCCCGCAUUAUAGGAAGUAAUGGUCUGGCCCUGUGCGGAUCGCGGCGUGAGUACGGAACUACACCCCUACAUAUGGAACUGGAAAGACUCACUGCCGAGUUCCUUGGGACUGAAGAUGCUAUUGCAUUCGGGAUGGGAUUCGCGACGAACGCUUUGAAUUUACCGUCCUUAUUGUCGCCCGGUUGCCUCGUGGUGAGCGAUGAGAAAAAUCAUGCAUCGAUAAUAUUGGGGUUGAAAAUUUCGGGUGCAACAACGAAGGUUUUUAAGCAUAAUGACAUGCACGACUUGGAGAGGAUAUUGAGGAAUGCUGUGGUUUCGGGUCAGCCAAAAACUGGCGCCCCAUGGAAGAAAAUUUUAAUAGUGGUCGAGGGUAUUUACAGCAUGGAAGGAUCAAUAGUGAGACUGCCUGAAGUGGUCGCUCUGAAGAAGAAGUACAAAACGUAUAUUUACCUGGAUGAAGCACACAGUGUCGGAGCAAUGGGCCCCAAUGGGAGAGGUAUUGUCGAUUAUUUUGGAAUGAAUCCAAAAGAUGUAGAUAUUUUGAUGGGAACAUUCACCAAGAGUUUCGGAAGUUCUGGAGGCUACUUAGCAGGGUCAAAGAGUCUGAUAAACUUCCUACGAGCAAACAGCCAUGCACAUUGCUACGCAAGUACAAUGUCUCCACCAACAGUGCAACAAAUAAUAACCUCCAUGAAGAUCGUAAUGGGACUAGAUGGAACAAACGAGGGUUCUUGGCGCGUAGCCCAGCUGUCAAGAAAUACCAAGUAUUUUCGAAGGAGGCUGGCUCAAAUGGGAGUUAUAACAUAUGGACACGAAGACUCACCAGUAAUUCCAAUGUUAGUCUAUCUUUUCUCAAAAAUUGCGACUGUGUCUCGAACUCUAAAGGAUUAUCGAAUCGCAGGAGUUGGUGUUGGAUUCCCCGCGACUCCUAUAUUACAGGGACGAAUUCGGUUUUGUAUUUCAGCAGCACAUACAAAAGAGCAAUUAGAUUUCGCUCUUAAGGCUUUAGAGGAGAUCAGCGAAAGUUUAGGGUUAAAGUACUCACGUAGGCCACGUGAUAUGAACCCAAUAGAGUAUUAGAAUUGCUUUCAUUUGUUGAAAGUUUAUCUGGUUUUGUUGUUGUCGCUGCUAGGGAGGUUCAUUUGAGGACCAUGACCAAAAAAUACU